AUAUUUUAAUUGUGGGAUGCUUGGACCGGCUGCAAUGUUGGCAAAGCGUAGAGAGUAUCUUUACUUGGGAGGACUGUUGUCCUCUGGCCUCUCCAUCCUCUUUUGGUUGCACUUUGCAUCCUCCAUCUUUGGGGGCUCCACAGCACUUUUUCAGUUUGAGUUAUAUUUCGGGUUGUUGCUCUUUGUUGGGUACAUUGUGGUGGACACACAAGAAAUAAUUGAGAGGGCACACCUUGGGGAACUUGACUAUGUGAAGCACUCUUUGACUCUUUUCACUGAUUUUGCUGCUGUCUUCGUCCGAAUUCUCAUAAUCAUGUUGAAGCAUGCAGCUGAAAAGGAUCAGAAGAAGAGGAGGCGAAGGAAUUGAAAACCAACACAAAUUCAGCUUGUAUGGGAAACACUGAUAGAGACUCCAUGCAUGUUCAUAUGCCAAUAAGUUGUUGUAUUUGGGAUUCUCCAAGUUGACUACAGCUUUCAAUGCUAGAAUAUUAUUACAAGAUUUAGGAUUUUUUAUGAUGUUUCUAAAUAAUUUAAUUAUGAGGAUGUUGGAUCAA